AUGGAUUCUUCAACUUCUCCAACCCGCCUAAACCCUACUGAUCAUGAAGACGAAGAAGUUAUUCUGUAUAUUGGACGUCUGCAACCAGGAAAAGAUGGCACAUUCUGGAAGCUGGCACCCACUGCUGAUUCUCAGAGCAACAACGGCGACGCCCCAUCGUUAGACGAUGAUUCUGACACUUUCAGCGUCUUCUCGUUUAAAACACAGGAAGAAGGUGUUCCCAUUACUACUACCAGAUCCAAGAAGAUGAAGUUUGUCCCGUGUGUUUUGGGUGAAGACAACUCUGCUACUAAAGACGGCAUCUGGGGUUGUCCACGCUUCUUCAUGACUACUUCAGAAGGAGAGAAGAACGUGAUUAAUGAGCAGAAUCUCAUGGAUCAUCAACAUAGAUCUAAUCACUUGGUCCACCACUUGAGAAGCAGGCUACUCCCUGUCCCAUAUGCUGAUCCAAGGUUUAGGCCUAUGAUGCUACACAAGUUUCGAUAUCCAAUGAAGUACGGUCCGAGGAUUCCUAUUCGCCCGCCGCCCUUCCUGCAGGCUAGACCUCUUGACGUAAACCACUUGGACGAAAUUAUGAAAGGGGAUGAUAGAAAACAGAAGGAGAGUUUGGUGUCUAUACUGCUACACUCGAUUUUCACGCUGAUGUUGAAUAGACGGCUGCAUUGUAUCUACUGCAUGCUUGUUGAUGCGUGCGAAGGCCAACAGUUAGAUUCGCUCGUCGUUAGGGUCCUGUCGCAGGGCGAAUACUUUCUACGUGCAGCAUUCGACCAACAAGGAGCAAGUUCAAUCGUCGAACUCAUCAAAAAGGUGAAGAAGUCAUCGCCUCAUGCCAUGGCUAUGACAAGAGUUCUGUCCACCAGAUUCAUGGAUAUAAUGACUCAUCCUACAGCCAGGGAUGUCAUUCUGCAAUGCCUGCUCCUCUUUCCAGCCCAGCCUAAUGAGGUGCUUUAUGAAAAAGCAAUAUUGCAUUUCCAAGAUUUGGCCGUACACGAAGUGGGAUGCAGAUCAUUGAACGACUGCAUCGCCCACAUUGAUGGACAUCAAAGAGUUAGACUUCUCAAUCACAUAGCUGAUGUAUCGGAUUUUCUCUCGUAUGAUCCAUACGGAAACGGGGACAUUACAAAUAAAAUAACCGAUUGCCUAGAAAAUCAAUUUAUACGACUGGCGGUGAGAAAAGAAGGAAGCCUUGUGGUAGAGAAAUGCAUGGAAGCUUCGAACAAUGGGAUUAUCAAAGUGGCUGCAGAGAUAGUAAACUAUCCGGGAGCAGCUUUUCGACUUGCUCGAAAUAAGUUUGGAAAUUAUGUGAUUCAAGCAGCAUUAAAAAAGACUAAGGAAUGCGGUUUCAAAAGCUUUUAUGACGCUAUUGUGAGAUGUCUGGAGCCUUGUCGCAGAGCACUUCGUCAAACUGCAGACGGAAAGAAUGUGUUGAGUGUUGUGGAAGCUGAUGAGCAAUAUAGUCAAUUCAACUGA